CGCCGGUGGUCGGUGGAUGGCGCUGUCUGCGGCGACGACAUGGAAGACGGCGUCCGCAGGAGAAAGCCGGGGGCGGAUGAGGUACUGGGGCGGCUCGUGCUGCUGCAGUCGCUGGAGAGCGAACGUGGCCGGCUGGAGCUACGUCAGCUGCACCGCACCAGGUCGCGCCUGCGCGCCUCCUCCUCGGCAUCCAUCAUCCUGUGCGCCUUCGCCAUGCAGUCAAUGGUGGAGCUGCAGGUGAAUGUGCCGACACGCUGCCCGGCCUGGCUGUUCACCAUGUUCGCGGUGUGCACCGUGGCACUGGUGGCGGUGCAUACGGCUACUCUCGUCAUCUCCACCUUCCUGAUGCCUGACCUGCACGUGCCCCACCACCGCAUCACCCACCCGCUUGUGGUGCGCCUUCUGACGCCCGCGCUGCGUCGGCUCAUAGAGAUUGCCUGGGGCUGCUCCUCUGUCGCUGGACUCUUCCUCUUCAUGGUGGAGAUUGUUUUGCUGAACUGGGUGAAAUUCUGGGACUACACACUAACAGCAUGCUGGGCUGGUACAAUUGCUAUGAUGCCAUUCAUGAUAGCCUUUGUUGGUUUUUGUAUCUACUUCCAUCGGACAUUUCUGGAACAUGGUUAUCAGUUUCAUCAAGAACAGAUUGUCGCCAUCCAUAAGCAGUAUGAAAAAAUGUUGUGUGAAGUAUGAAAGGACAAAAAAGAAAGUGUUAAAUUAUUUAUUGCUGUUAUUAGUCUAACAGGACUGUUGUACUAAUAAUAGUGAAAUCUGUAAAUACUGAUCAAUAGCGUUAACUACUCUGUACUUAAAUAUGUGUAGUAACCACGUUAGUGAUGGCCUCAGAAGAACAUGAACAGGGAUCAGGAUAUAUCUUGCAGGUCUGAAAACACAGAGUUACUUGCAAUGUAGAUAAAGACUGUUUUCACACAAAUAUUUAUUGUAAUCUUUGUUUCCAUCAGAUGCUAAUAAGUUUGUAUCAACUCUAGUUUAGUGUAAGAGUAAAAAGAAAUUGGCUCUCGUAUAAAUCAUUCCGUAAGUACACUUCAGGACUAUGAUAAGGCACAACAAUAAAUUACAUGGAAAAAUGUUUUAUGGUAUGACUGCAAUUACAACAAGUGGAAGGAUUUACAUGCUGAGAAAAGUAGGUAAAGAGCUAGCAUUAGUUAAUAUCUCAAUAAGGAACUUGAAAUAUUUAGCACUGGAGAGAAGCUUGUAGCAGAAGUAUGGCUUAGGUUUAAAAGAUUAGUUGAUCAUGCACUAAAUAGAAUAGAAUAAUUCUUGAUGGUGGUGGGACUCUCUAUGGUAUACAGUUACUGUAAAGGUACUUCUAAACAAACAGAGGCUACUGUAUAAUAUGUAUAAAACAAAGCGAAGAACUAUAGACAGGAAGAUGCUGAAUGAAAUGUGUUUGGCAGUCAAGAGGGCAAUGCAUGAAGUCUUCAAUGAGUACUGCAGCAGAAUAUUAUUGAGAGGUCUCUCACAAAAACCAAAGAAAUUCUGUCCAUAUGUAAAGGCCAUUGCAGUACCUAAGUUGGUGGCCUGACAUUCAUGGAUGAGACAUGGACUGAAAUACAGUGUAGCAAAGCAAAAGUACAAAUGAUGAACUUUAUUUUCAAAUGUUCAUUUGUUAAUGGAUAUCAGGGCCUGACGGAAUCCAUAUUGGAUUCUAUACUGAACUUGUGGCUGAGUAACCCCUUUUUUAAACCAUACUCUGUCUUAGAUCCCUCAAACAAAAUCCAUGCUGGGUGGCGGGAAGACAGCACAGAUCACACUUGUCUAAAUGAAGGGUAGCAAGUAACCCACAAAGGACCAUCCAAUAUGUUUAACAUCAGUUUGCUGUAGAAUCUUAGAAUAUAUUUUGAGCUAAAAUGUAACAAGGUAUGUUGAGGGGAAGGACCUUCUCUAUGCCAGUCAGCAUGGAUUCUGAAAAUAUCAAUCAUGUGAAUCCAACUCAUAUUUUUCUCACAUGAUAUCCUGAAAUCCAUGGAUCAAGACAGUCAGGUAGAUGCACAAUUUUUAGAUUUUUAGGUUUCUGCAUGUAAAUCGAUAAAAGUAGAACCCUAAAAGUAUCACUCUGUUGUCUGUCUGCCUGCCUGUCUGUCUGUCUCUUCGUCCAACAGUUAAGGCCCCUUUUUCUUAGGAACAGGUAGGGGUAUCGAAUUGAAAUUUUUGUCACUUACUGAGGUCCACAGUCCCUUGAUAAUUUGAAACAUUUAAGCAUCUAAAUCAAUGAAAUCGAAAGAUAUGUCCAUUUAUGUCACAUACUUCAAUACUCAUAAACCCACUCAUCAAAACCUAGAGGUCACUUCCCUUUCCCUUAGAAUCAUAAAUGUAGGCAAGAAGCAAAGUGAAAAAUCCAAAAAUUGUUAAUUUGUAAUUAUAUCACACAAAACAUAGUUUUUUGCCAUUUGUUCUCUGCUUGUUUGUCUCUCUGUCUUUUCAGACUCCUUUUUCUCAGGAAUGGGUAAAGGUAUUGAGUUGAACUUUAUGAUAAGUACUAAUGUCAAUGGUCCCUUGGCAGGAUAAAUAAUUUAAGCUUCUAAGUUAAUGCAAUCAGAAGGUACAACCAUAUACGUCAAAUAUUUUGAUAUUCACAAACUCACAAAUCAAAACCUAUAGAUGAACUGUCUAUAUAAAUAUCAAGCCUGGUGGUCUAGUGAUUUAUUGUAAUAUAAGUUAAAAUAUUUCAGUAGUCAAUACCUUA